GUGCGAGAUCCGAGCACCGACUCAACUGCGCGGUCGCAAUCCGCCCCGACUUCCCCUCCUGCCAGCGGCCUGGUGGUUUGAGAUGAGCAGAAGAUGUCGGUGUCGGGGCUAAAGGCCGAACUGAAGUUUCUUGAGUCAAUCUUUGAUCCAAACCACGAGCGAUUCAGAAUAAUAGACUGGAAACCCGACGAGCUGAGUUGCCAGUUCAACGUAACGAGGGAGAAGCUGCUGAUCAUUCACUGCAACAUCACGGAAUCUUAUCCCUCAACACCCCCAAUAUGGUUUGUUGACUCUGAUGAUCCCAGUCUGGCUGAAGUGUUGGAGCGCUUAGAGGAUGUGAGAAAAGGCAGCACAUUGCUCCUUCAACAGCUGAAGCGGCUCAUUUGUGAUCUCUGUCGUCUUUACAACCUGCCACAACAUCCAGAUGUAGAAAUGCUGGACCAGCCACUACCUGCUGGUCCAAUCACUCAAGAGCGAAAGAAUGGGCCGUCAGAUGAGGUGACAUCUGAAGAGGAGGAGGAGGAAGAAAUGGGAGAGCAGGACAUUGACCUGGACCAAGACCUUGACCAUUAUGACAUGAAAGAGGAGGAGCCAGUGGAUGGAAAAAAGUCUGAAGACGAUGGGAUAGAAAAAGAAAAUCUGGCCAUCUUGGAGAAAAUUCGUAAAAACCACAGACAGGAUCACUUGAAUGGUGCAGUCUCUGGCUCGGUGCAAGCCUCAGACCGCCUAAUGAAGGAACUCAGGGAGAUCUACAGAUCACAGAGUUACAAGACAGGUAUUUAUUCAGUCGAACUAGUCAAUGACAGCCUUUAUGAAUGGCACGUCAAGUUAAGGACGGUAGACCCAGAUAGUCCUUUGCAUAGUGACUUGCAGGUCUUAAAAGAAAAAGAAGGAGUGGACUACAUUCUGCUCAAUUUCUCUUAUAAAGAUAAUUUCCCCUUUGAUCCACCUUUUGUACGGGUUAUUUCCCCUGUGCUGUCCGGAGGGUAUGUCCUAGGAGGAGGAGCCUUGUGCAUGGAACUUCUCACCAAACAGGGCUGGAGCAGUGCCUAUUCCAUAGAAUCUGUCAUUAUGCAGAUAAAUGCAACUCUGGUGAAAGGAAAAGCCAGGGUGCAGUUUGGAGCCAAUAAGAACCAGUACAAUCUUGCCAGAGCACAACAGUCAUACAAAUCCCUUGUGCAAAUCCACGAGAAGAAUGGCUGGUACACACCGCCUAAAGAGGACGGAUAAAGAGCUGCCUCCACUAUGCAAAGGAAACAUGUCUUUGGGUCAAAGUAUCUAGUUUUCUUUGGAAUAUCUCCCCCUGUCUGACUUAACUGGGAAUAUAUCAUCUUUGUCGCGGAAACCAUCUCACUGGCUCAUCUGACAAGUACUCCUUUGCCCCGCUCCUGAAAAAAAAAAAAGACUUGACUCUGGUGUCACUUUGCUUCUUCCCCUCAGUGUUUUAGUGAGGAGGAGGAUGUAUGGGUGUUACUAGUCCUGUUUUCUCAAUAUGCUCUUUUGUCUUUAAAGAAAACUUUUCUCCCUUUUUAAAUGUGGGGAAAUGCUCCUUUUUUCCUUUCGCUGCUUUGACAAACUGGGCUUCACAAACAGUCAGUUAAAUGGGAAUUUUAAAAGAAGAUUGAUACAGAAGCUCUUUAAGUGGCACCUCACCGCUCCAGUUUUCUUUUCUUUCUGUCUUUCUUUUUGGCAAAUAUUGUUUUUAGAAAUAUUAUUUGGCAAAUGUUCUUUUUUUUUUUUUUUUUUUUUGAGCAUCCUAGACAAUACAUGAGCCAAUUUUCAAUAUUUUAGGAGCUUAUCUUUAAAUUGAGAUGACCUACCACUCGGUAUCUUUUAGCUCUUACUUUUUAAAAAUGUGUGAAGUCUAAUGGGCUGAUUAGAUCCAAAAUGCUCACAGGCAAGAUCAAAUCCACCCGUGGUUAAUGUGAAGACCUUGCCAGUGGAUUAGUAAUAUUUCAGAAUCUCUAUAUAUCUUUUAACGAUGGUAAAAUGAGCAUUGUGGAUCAGAUUCUAACAGACCUUAUGUUGAAGCUGAUGAGCUAUUUUUGCCUUAUUUGUUGACAAAACCGUGGCCCGGCAAAAGCUCAGCUCUGCUUUUAGCCUUUUUCUUGAUUUUGGCUGUAAACGUUGAAGGCUAGUUUGAUGGUGCAAAUGUGAAGAGCUAACAGAAUGAUGCUCAGCGGCCUCGUUUCUGUGAUAUUUGGUGCCCCGCUGCGAUGGGCUAACGGGAAUAAAUUUAAUCUGUUUGGAUGUGAGAUUUUUUUGCAGUUAAUCCACCCAAUUAAUUGUAAUAUUUCAGCCCCUGCUCGGUUUCAAUAUGGAAACUGCCACCAUGUUGCAUGACAUCAUUUGCUUCUGGAUUCAUCCCCUCUCUACCGCCUCUGGUUUUUCACCCAGCUGCUAAACUUCCAACGUUUGCAGAGCUUCCUUUGCCAUCACAAUAUCCCACAGAUGUGUUUUGGUGUCUCUUUGGGUGUGAAACAAAACAAAAAGGAUCACUCAAAGUGUAAUAAGAACUGACCUGAAACAUUUAACUUUGACCUCGCAAUAUGCUGCAGUACUCCACCAGUACUACUGCUCCCGAUACUACAGGGCACACACUGUAUCAAUCUGUUUGUUCUUUUGCAGUUUAUUUGUUGACACUGUCUGCAAAAGCACGUUUGAAUGGCAACUCAGGUAACAAACAAUCCUUUGGAGGGGACUCUAUACAUGCACAUGUCGAGUUUCAGGGUAUUUUCUUGGAUCGAUUAACACUGUUCUGUCUGUUGAGAUUUACUCUCAAACUCGUAUGAUGUAAGGAACAGGAAAUAUAAUCAGUUUUGCAAUAAUACGUGCCAUGUUUCUUUUAAUUCAAGAGAGGAAGGAAUUUUGUAGACUGAUCACAGGUCUGUAGCACAGUCGUAUUUAGAUUUGUUUCCCUCCCAAGUUCUGAAACUGAUUAGAUUCCAGUGGGUAAUCUUUGAAUAUUCCUAAUAAAAAAAAAAUCUUUGCACAAAUCCAGCAAUGUGCCUGGAGAGGUCAGUUUUAACACCAAGCACAUUCUGAGCAAAAUGUUUUUAAAUUCGUCUCCCCAGCACACUACUCCAUAUCCUGUUGUUACAUGUCUGAUGUUGUAUAUCUGAGCGGUGAGGAACGACAUGUCUCCUCAGUGUUAAGGGCCUGUGUUGCUUAGCGACACAGAGAACCUCCCCCUGCUAAAAAGUCUUCAUCCACCUGUGAUUCCUUCACUCCAAAAUGCCAAGUCUCUGAUCAGAGGGUACACUGAGAGAUGAUUUGAGUUUUGCUAGUCAUUUGCUGUGGUGAAGAGACUUGCACGCUUCUCUAACUGGACAGUGCGUUGAAAGCAUUCAUUUAUCUCAAAUGUCCACUCAUUUUCAUUUUCUAGCACCAACAAAAACAGAGGACAGUCUGGCACGUUGGAUCGCUUUGGUUUUCAUUUUCAUUUUCCAUUUUGAAGAAAUUUUGACCUUGUACAGUAAUUUGUAAACUUGCAUCAAGUUUAUGAAUAAAGAAUUUUAAGAUUA